CCUCUGUGGAAUACUUCACUUAUGUUGUGCAUUUACUAUUUGAAGUCAAGAAGCAAAGACCUUUCAAGUGAGCUAUUCAAGUCUCAAUAUCAACAUCAUGAAUGCAACAACGAAAUCAGGACAAGGAAAUAAUGGCAGAAUCAUUUUGGCAACCAUACGUAUUACUCGGUAAUACUUUUUUCAUUGAGGCAGACUUGCUUUAAAAGUCUUUGCAGGUGGUCCUGUCCUGUUGUCCUCAGUGGAUGAACCUUGAAAUACUUGUUGUUCUAAAGCAGUUGAAGCAGCCUCCCUUUAGAUAGUAUAAGCUGAUCGUCCUACCUAAGUUUGAUCUUCAGAGAUAUGGCCUUUCGAGCUAAAUGUUUCCGUUUAUUUUUACUCAGCUUAGUGUUUCCUCUUUUGUCAGCCAUUCUUGCAGUAGGCCAGUCGAAUUGUAGCAUAAACUUAGGGGCAGUUAUAACUGCCGGAGGGAAUAGUCGGCCAUGGAUUUCACCAGCCGGUGAUUUUGCCUUUGGAUUUCAGCGCCUCCAACGCUCUCCGUCCACCAAUCAAGAUCACUUCUUGUUAGCCGUAUGGUAUGAUAAAAUACCCGAUCAAACUGUAGUUUGGUCCUUGAAUGACCAUCCAGUUGAAGAAGGAUCGAGAGUCCAGCUGACAAAUGAAGGGCAGCUUAUCCUCUACAAUUCUCAGGGGCAGCAGGUGUGGAUGGCUGACACAGGGAAUGAAAGGACAGCAUGUGCAGCCAUGCUGGAUUCAGGCAACUUUGUGCUGUUUAGUGCUGCAUCUAUUAACAUAUGGGAAAGCUUCAGAUUGCCUACUGACACAAUCUUGCCUGGUCAGAGGCUAAGCAAGGAUGGGCGACUGAUUUCACGUCGAUCUGAUACUGAUUAUACAGACGGGAGGUUCCAGCUAGAGAUGCAACUUGAUGGAAAUCUUGUGCUUUACCCUGUGUUCUUACCGACUCGAACUGUAGCGGGAGGAGCUUAUUGGGCUAGUAUGACAAACCAUCCUGAUGCUGACUCCGAGCUUGUUUUUGAUGAGGCUGGAUUGAUUUACAUAGAAGACAGCAAAAAAAACAUAUUCAACCUCACGGAACGGAACCUGGGAUCCAGGCAGGAUUUCUAUUAUAUGGCUAGGAUUGAUUAUGAUGGAGCCUUGAGGCACUAUAAUCAUCCGAGAGGAAACUCUACUGCAGAUACUGGAAGGAAUACGCCGGCUUGGUCCGUCGUUCAGACGACUCCAGAAGAUAUGUGCAGUAGAGUCUCGAGAGUCUUAGGAAGCGGGGCGUGUGGAUAUAACAGUUAUUGUGUGAAUUCAAAUGGAAGGCCUAAUUGCUUGUGUCCACAAGGGUACUCUUUUGUGGAUCCGCUCGAUAUGAGUCAAGGCUGCAAGCCAAACUUUCACUUACCUAGCUGCCAGCAGAACGGAUGGGAAUCGAGCGCCGACUCUGUGGAGUUUAAGGAACUGAACAACACUGAUUGGCCCUUCACUGACUAUGAGCUUCAGACAGGACCUGAAGUGGAUAAGGAGAGGUGUAAAGAAUUCUGCCUCCGUGACUGUUAUUGUGCAGCUGCUAUCUAUAAUGAGAACAAUUGUUGGAAGAAGAGGUUCCCUCUUUCCAAUGGAAUGCAAUCCAGAUCUGUGAAUAGGACCGCUUUGAUUAAGGUUCCAAGGAACAUUAAUCAAACGACCUUGUGUCCUAAACGCAAAGAUCAGUCCACUUUAGUUCUUGUCGUAUCAAUACUUCUUGGCAGCUCUGUGUUCUUUAACUUUCUUCUGUUAAUAGCUAUAUCGGUUGCCAUUUUCCUCGUAUACCACAAGAAGAUGCUGAAUUUACAGCCGGCUUCAACUUUAUAUGGGAUAAGAAGGUAUACAUACAAAGAACUCGAGGAGGCAACGGAGGGCUUCAAGCAGCAACUAGGCCGAGGCUCUUUUGGCACCGUCUACAAAGGUGUUAUCCGUUCUAAUCCUAUCAGGUACGUCGCGAUCAAGAAAUUGGAUAUGGCAGAAAAAGAAGGCGAAAACGAGUUCACAACUGAAGUUAACGCGAUUGGACAGACUCACCACAAGAACUUAGUCAACCUUCUUGGUUAUUGUGAUGAGGGAGCUAACCGGCUUCUAGUGUACGAGUACAUGAGCAACGGUUCUCUGGCCAGUCUUCUCUUCAGCACAUCAAGGCCUCAAUGGAACCAACGGCUGCAAAUAGCAUUCGGUAUCGCCAGAGGCCUAACUUACUUGCACGAAGAAUGCAGCACUCAGAUCAUACAUUGUGAUGUCAAGCCUCAAAACAUACUCUUGGACGAGUACCUCGCCCCCAAGAUCUCCGACUUUGGAUUGGCUAAACUUCUGCUAUCCGAGCAGAGCCGUGCUGCACGGACGCACAUUAGGGGGACGGUCGGGUACUUUGCACCCGAAUGGUUUAGGAAAGCAUCCAUCACCGCGAAGGUGGAUGUCUAUAGCUUCGGUGUGAUGCUUCUUGAAAUAGUUUGUUGCAUGUCGAGUGUGAAAUUUGCACUGGAGGAUCAAGAAGAGGCCUUGAUCGAUUGGGUUUAUGACUGCUACAGCCAAGAGAAGCUAGACAUGUUGGUGGAAGAUGAUGAGGAAGCUAUGAACGACAUGAAUGGCGUGGCAAGACUAGUGAUGGUGGCAAUUUGGUGCAUUCAAGAAGAUCCGUCUCUAAGGCCCUCCAUGAGAAGAGUUACACAGCUGCUUGAGGGGGUCGCCCAAGUUUCCGACCCUCCACGCCCUCCGGCUCAUAAUUCGUCCUAAUGCUUAUAGUUAGGGUCUUUCUUUAUUUAAUUUCGCUUGUUGUGAUUUUCUCAUAUUAAAUUCAAUAAGUUGAAUAUUUUUUCUCUGUCCAAUAAUUAAUGAAAAAUAUA